AUGCAAGUAAUCCGCGAACUACUGCAAUACCAGGCUUUGCAGAUCGUUCAAUUGCUGCCUAGCUUUUCAAAAUCCUCCGACAGACUUGUACGACGCGUCAUGGUUCAAAAAGCUGGUAUAGCUGCAAUUUGGGUCUCUGUGCUAGCACUUGGAGUUGUACUACCGCUGUGGAAUUAUCUGUCAUUGACACGUUGGUUUUUCAAGCUGAGACAUUAUGCGAGACAUGACCUAUUGCGAAAACGUCGUUGGUUCCACAGAUCUCGAUUCUAUCACAACCAAGCGUUCAAAAUAUGCACUUUUUGGGUCAUAGUCUCCUUAUUGUGCUCUCUGGUAAGCAGUGGGGGUGACUUGAUACAAAUAACCAAACGUUUGGGUAGAGUCGCGGUGGCUUUAAUGCCACCUCUACUUUUUUUAACACUUCGCCCUUCGCCUUUGCCGUACACCCUUUAUUUGUCUUUACUACCUAUUCACAAGUGGAUAUCUAGAGUCGUUGUCCUACUUUCUGCUUUGCAUACUUUGCUUUAUUCCUGGUAUUUCAUUCAAUCUCGGUCGUUCAUCAAUAAGGUGACUAAACUGGCGAAUAUAUGGGGAGUGGUGGCUCUUUUUUUAUUUGUCCUCAUCGCAAUUACUUCCGUGUCGCAGGUUCGAAGACACAAUUUCCGACUUUUCUAUUACACACAUUACUUAGCCACUUGGCUCACCGUUAUUUUGAUCCAUUACCAUGCUAGGCCACCAGUUUCUUACUAUACGGCAAUGAAUUGUAUUAUACUCAUUGCACAGGUUGCAUAUAGGAUCUUCCAUACCACCAGAAUACGUGCAACUGUCGUCCAUGUUUCCCCAAGCCUUCUUCUUAUCGAUUUUCCUAUGUCAGACCUUUCCAGUAAACCUAUAAUGCCUUCAUCGCAUAUUCGCAUGGCUGCUUAUUAUCGACAUUCACCUUUGAAAAGGAUUUUUCAGCAAUUAAUACCUCUUCAGCAUCCUUACACGAUUGCAAGUCUGCCUAACGACGAGAGUGUCAAGCUCAUAGUACGAUGCGGUAAUUUCGAAAUACGCAAUAACAGUGAAUACCUCGUCACAGGAGCCUUUGAACCCAAGAUCGAUUUUUUAUCGAAAAGUAGAAAGAGAGCAUCAGCAAUCGAACCCUUUUCCUUUCAAAACCAAAGUCCGGUACUUCUUGCGUCACCACUCCACUACAAUAUUGACGCCCGCAGAGCUUUGAUUGUGACAGGGGGUAGUGCUAUUUCUUUCGGUCUACCACUUCUCAGAAUUCUGAAUUUUAAUGGUGUUACUGUCCGUGUGAAAUGGGUGACACGGGACUACAGAGACUUGAAGCUCUUGAAGUACUUCAAAAACAACUUUGAAGGACUGGAAAUUUAUGUUACUGAUCCCAAAACUGAAGAACAAGAUUUGCGUAUCGAUUACGUAGAUUUUGAUGAUGAAGCACCAAGUGCCUCAAACUCAAGUGAAAUGGGCAGUGGAACUGCGGGAAAUACUACCAAUGAUUCUGGAGACAAUUAUGGAACAUUUAAAUCGACAGACACGUCUCUUCUUCCAACAUUAAAAAGUCAUGGUAGAAGCAAUCAAGAAGAUGAGAUUGACUUCACUCAAAUGUUUAGCGCUCGAAGUGCCAAGACAAAAUUGUCUAAAGUGGCGCAAGAAAUACCAAUACCUUUCAAUAAGGAAAGUACUUUUCGAAAGCCUUCCAUUCUGACCCCUCCCUCCGAUAUUGAAAACUUCGAUUUGGGUGAAAGCUCUCAGAAAAAUCUCAAAAUACCUGCAGGCGUUCAAGUAUUCCUUGGCAGACCAAAAUUGACACACCACGAUUAUCAAUGGUGCUUGGAGAAAGAAUGUAUAGGGCCUUCUGACACCAACGACUGCAGCCAAUCAGGCGCGACUAGAGCACACGUCGAUGAUUUAUCUCGUGUUUGGGUUAUAGCAGCAGGGCCAUUGCAACUUGUCGAAAGUACUAAGAGGUGGGCUACCGAUGGAGGGUUGCACUUCCACGAGGAAAGCUUCACCUUCUGA